AUGCAGCACUCGCGCGCACACCUGAUAUGCCGCGCCCAUAACCGCUUCACCCCGACAAUUGCCCUGUGGGAACAUUUUGUCGGUCCCCACCUACCACAGCGUUUUUCCUCGACUGCGACCGCACCCGCGCAACAUGUCCUCGACAACGGUCCAACUACCACUGAGGUGGUUGCAAAUGUCCAAGAGGACAAUGGCGCCCAGCAGUCGGAGACGGAGGCGCAGCAAACAAUAGAAAAGCCCAGCGCAGGGUCGGCACCCCACGUAAGGAAGAUGACCACAGUCAAAGGACGAUGGCUGCCAGAAAAGGCCCAGGUAUCAAUUGCCAAGAACAAAGUAGCAAAGCACACCCGCCAGGAAGAGUCGCUCACUGGGCCCGAGAAGCUGUUGGCUACAGCAAGAGAGGCGUUUGCACAGUCAAAGGAAUACAAGGGCGUUGUUGUCCAGCCCAUGGUCAGCACAAUAGCUAUCAAAGAGAGUUCGUUGCCGUGGUGUCUGGAUAAGACUGCGCGGGACAAAUCGGCCAUGGAUUUGUUGGUGCUAGACAAGGAAAUCGAAAGAUUCUACAAAUACGCCAUGCCCAAAGACUAUGAGCGGAUAGCCAGGCAACACGUCAUCCAGCAAGUGCGCAACCAUGUAAAACAGGUCUCGCCAAAAUACGAUGUACAAGUCUUCGGCUCGGAACGCAACGGUGUAGCUUUUGCUACCUCAGACAUUGACUUUCGUCUUAUGCAACCGUCGUGGGUCGCCGAUCCUGCCAUAGACAGACUACCACCAGCAAAGAAUGAGCAAGCUAGAAGACUCAAAGUUCUUCUUAACCUGUUUCACCGUAUUUUUAAAACGCACAAGUCAUACUUUUUAUCUACUCUCCGUCACGCCCGCUACCCCCUCAUCACCGCCCAAGACUGCAACUCGGGCCUGGACGUCCAGAUUGUCUUGUCCAACGACACAUCAAUGUCAACCGCCAUGAUGAAGCAUUACAUGGACGAGAUUCCCUACCUGUGCAGAUUGUACUACGUAGUCAAGACCAUCUUCAGUAUCCGCGGCUUAUCAGACGUCUUUCGGGGUGGCUUCGGUUCAUACUCCAUCUUCAUGAUGUUAGUGGCCAGCAUCAAACAUGCACCCCACGAACGACAAGACGCAGCUGGUGCACUCCUCAAUUUCCUCCGUUUCUACCGCGACUUCGACACUACGAAAUACGGUAUCUCGAUUGACCCCGUAGAGUUAUUCGACAAGACGCAACAUCCCGUCGUCACCAAACCAGUCAAAGAAAAACUCGAUAACGGAACAAUGAAACCCCUGCCCCCAUACAUGCUCUGUCUGCGCGACCCGGCCGAUGAGACAAACGACCUCGGCCGGAAAGGCAUAGCCAUCAAGCACGUCCAAGCAACAUUUGCCCACCUGCAUAGCCAGCUGGUCGAUGACAUCAAGAAGAACACGCGACCAUCCCUGCUCGGCCCGCUCGUCGGCCCUUCCUACAUGCUCAACUACAAGCCCCGCGAGAAGCUGCAGGAUUACGGCAGGCGCCUACAGCUCGAGGAACAAAAGACUCUGGCUGCAAAGGCAAAGGCAAUCAGAGACGCAGACAAAAAGGUCGAGUCAGACUACAAACCCAUGGCCCCUUCACAGGCCAGCAUACAUAGUGUCGAGUCUGCUAAGCCUUUCCAAAAAGAGCAACAGAUUCCUGCCAUAUAA